AUGGAUCAGAGAACACCAAAUGAAAAAAAUGUGAAAGACAGAGGAGAAAAGGACAUGGAAGAUACUUCGAAAUCUACAAUUCAGAGUGAUUCAUUAUGUGUCUUGGAAUCUGUGUCUUCUAGCAGCUGUACUUCAACAAGUCUGCCUUCUGACCCGCUAGUGGAGGACUCUGUUUUACUUGACGCCGAUGGGACUAAGCAUCGGAGAACGCGGUCUUCAGUGUGGGUUUCCUUCUGUGAAAUUUAUAAUGAGUAUGUGUAUGAUCUUAUGGAUAUAUUGGCUAUAUCAAAAAAUCAAAAACGCAAAGUUCUAAAAAUCUGUGAGGAUCAAGGAGGAAACUCUUAUAUAAAAGACUUAAAGUGGAUCAACGUUCAGAGCACUGAAGAGGCUUGCAAAAUACUAAAAAUAGGAAACAAGAACCGAAGCUUGGCUUGCACUAGAAUGAACCAGCACUCAAGUAGAAGUCACAGCAUAUUUUCUAUCAGACUACUAAGACUAAGUGAUGAGGCUGAGCCUUGUAUUCUUGGAGUUUCAGAAAUGUCUCUCUGUGACUUGGCUGGGUCUGAACGGUGCAAUAAGACACAAACUUUUGGAGACAGACUAAAAGAAGCAGGGAAUAUUAAUAAUUCUCUUUUUAUUCUUGGGAAAUGCAUUGCAGCACUGAAGCAGAAGCAGAAUCCUAAUGUGAAACACAGCUAUAUUCCAUUCAGAGAGAGUAAACUCACCCGCCUGUUUCAACCGUUCUUCUGUGGUAAAGGCAAAGCUUGUAUGAUUGUCAACGUUAAUCAGUGUGCCUCCACCCACAGUGAGACGUUGCACGUAAUGAAAUUUUCUGCUACAGCCAAACAGGUUAUUCAGACAAUCCACCCCCAAACCUUUGGAUAUUUUGCUCCAAAACUGGUUGGGAAGAAUGGCAAGCCUAUAGUACAUUUUGAUGCCAAUAUAUCUGCUGAAGAGGUUCCUGAUGAAGAUAUAGAUACCUCCUCUGAAGAGGAAGUGGACAUCACCAUCAUGACCCAUGAGGAGCUCUUGAAAACUACUGAGAACCUGAAGAAGAUGCUAGUUGCAGAAAGGCAGAGUAAACUUCUUCUUGAGGUGCAGAUACGUAAAGAGAUGGCAGAAGCCAUGUUUCAACAACUGUUGGAAACCGAGGAAACUUGGAGUAAACGCUUGGAAGAUAUGAGAGAAAGUUAUGAGGAAAAAUUGGAGAAUAAAUUUGAAAUGUAUAAGGAAGCUAUAAAGAAACAUGCAUAUAUGUGUGCAAUGAAACAAAUUGAAGACCACUAUGUUCCAAUAGAAGAGUUCGUAGUUGAACAAGAGAAAGUUGAGGACAGAGAUAGGAAGAUAUUAGAGUUGCAACAAAAAUUUGGAGAGCGGUCAGAUGGAUUGUUGGCUUUGGGAAUCCCAAAUUCAGAUGUGUUGACUGCAGAAGAUAAAGUGAAAUCAGAUCUUAAAUAUAAGGAGAUGCAGAGAACUUCAGAAGUAUUGCAGAGACAGUGCGAUGAGAAAGAUGAGCUUAUAAAAUCUCUGAAGCUUAAAAUACACAAAUUAAAUGAAACCUUACAAGAAAUGAAUGAAGUCUGCAGAAAAACAACUGAGGAAAACAGUAGACUGACACACAUGGUAAUGCUCAAGGAACAAGAAAUGAGAAGUCUUCAGAACUGGGCUAAACGUGUCCUUGAGCUUGAAGCCACAGUGUCUCUUUUGCAAGAAGAACUAGAUGAGAGCAAAAAGCACUUGUAUUCAGAAGAUCGUAAGGAGCAAAAACCCAAGAGAGGCUUGUUUGCUAAUCUAAAAUCUACAGUAACAGGCACUUCUAAAACACCUGUUGGCAAAACCUUGGGGAAAUCUGAAGACUCUCCAACCAUGUCAAGAAAACAAACUACUUUUACACGUAAAGUAAAAGAAUAACUCUAAUCCUUGAUGCAUUAACAUGUCUGUAUUGACAAGGCCUAUCAGCUGUAAUUUUGAACUGAUGUUAGCAACAAUUGGAAUUUGGGUGGAGGAAAAAAGGGUAGUAUAGACACAGCCUUACCAUCAAUGUAACUGGGAAGAUAAGCUAUUAAUAGGAAUGACAACUUUCCUUCUGUCAAGUGUCUUCUUUAGUAACUAAAGACAUGUAAAUGUAAACAUAAAUUGGGAUUCUUGUGCAACAGUUGGUGUGAGAUGUGAUCACCUGCUGUGGCAACACAGCAGGUAUGGAUUUCCAUAUAACAGGAGAAAGGGUGCCUUGUGUCAAGGUUAGUGGUACAUUCCUGUCUUUUACUUUCCUUGUUUCUUUUUACACUUGCUUCCAACACUGAAAAUGGCAUUUGCACUCGACCAAACCGCUUGUUCACUUUAGCUGUUUCAUUAGCUAGUAGAUAUUGUUUGUAGAGGAGCUGGCUUCCUCACAGUUAAUCUUCUGCUUGAUUUGAAUUGAACUAGUAAUCUUAUACUUGAUGUCAGUUUAUUGUGGAAUUAAAAUGAGAGAUUUAGUACUAAUAUUUCAUUUAAUGAUCUAGUCAGAUGAUGGAGUGGCAAGGAGCCACUGUUCAUUUUAAA